UGAAGGAAGUAUCACCAGGGAAACUUCGUCUUGCUGCCUCUGUGCAUGUUUUCCUCUUUGCCAGGGUUAUUUUUAAAUAGCAUUCGGCUUCCUGCUCAGACUAAAGACUACAGGCCACAGCAUCCCUGUUUUGUUGUUUUCAGGAUUUGCCACUUCACAAAUCGACGAAAAAGCCACAGCAAUGUUCUCCUCUUCUCCUCUCCCACAGUUACAUUGCAAGCUCUUUGCAAAAAUGGGGGACGACCGACCUUUUGUGUGCAACGCUCCUGGCUGUGGACAGAGGUUUACCAAUGAGGACCACUUGGCUGUACACAAACACAAGCACGAGAUGACACUGAAAUUUGGUCCAGCCAGGACCGACUCUGUCAUAAUUGCAGACCAGACACCUACUCCCACCCGCUUCCUAAAGAACUGCGAGGAGGUUGGUCUCUUCAACGAGCUGGCCAGCUCCUUCGAACAAGAAGAUGAUGACAAGAGAGCAAAGAGCUCUCUCCCCGCUCCCAACUCUGUGGCUGUGGACAUGACCAUGCAGACAUCGUCAGACGUCAAGGUGAAAGAAGAGGCACCUGUAGAUGUCGACUCCUUGCCACCAAGCAGUCCAGAAUCUGUCUCUGGAGAUUCAGACAUAGAGCCUCUGGUUAAAGGAAAGGACACACCACCCAGGAGUUCAGCCCCUACCCCGACUAUUGUGCGUCCAGGUUCCCUCCCACUGCACUUGGGCUUUGAAUCCCUUCAGCCCACCAUGCCGUCACCCACCUCUGUCAUCACACAGGCACCACCCUCCAAUCGUACUCUGGGUUCACCAACCAGCCACUACCCGAUGAUGAUGCUUCCCUCUGGUCAGGCAGUGCCGGUGCUUCCUGGUCCCGUACAGAUGCCCUCUGUCAUAAAUCUGGCCCGACCCAUGUGCAUGGUACCCAACAUUCCUGGGAUCCCCGGUCCUCCUUUGGGAGGCAGCAGCAGCGGCUCUAACUCCCCCUCUGGCUACAGCAUCCACUCAGAGGCCAAGAUGCGUCUGAAGGCUGCACUGUCACAGCAGAGCCCGUCAGGACACAGUAUGGGGAUCAUGGCCAUGGGCGGCAGCCCCAUGGUACCUCAGAGGGCAGAGCAGAGCCAGCUGCUUGUCCAGCAUCCAGAUGCUCCAUCACCUGCACAACCUCAGGUAUCUCCAGCACAGCCUACAGGUGGGCGUCGGCGGCGAACAGCAGACGAUGACCCAGAUGAGCGAAGACAGCGCUUCCUCGAGAGGAAUCGGGCCGCAGCAUCACGCUGCAGACAGAAACGCAAACUGUGGGUCAGCUCUCUAGAGAAGAAGGCUGAGGAGCUCUGCACCCUGAACGUCUCACUGUCGAAUGAAGUGUCUCUGUUGCGGAACGAGGUGGCUCAUUUGAAGCAGCUGCUGUUGGCCCACAAGGACUGUCCUGUGACCACCCUGCAGAAGAAGACUGCCUACUUAGCUGCAGAAGAGAGCAUGAAAGACACCUCAGAGCCGACAGGUUCCCCUGCCCCGGUGAUCCAACACAGCUCCUUGGCGCACAGCCCCUCUACAGGGCACAACGGCCUGAGCUCAAGGGCAGCAGCUGAGGCCAUGGCUAUGUCUGUGCUGGCAGGGAUGGGCCAGCAGCAGAGGGCUGAGAGCGGACCCUCUCACAUUAUCAUGGCUGCACAAUCUCAAUCUGCUGCCAGAUGAUGAGCGAUGUCACCACGGCCCAGACUUGGCUCACACUCGUCACCCAGGGGUAAAAAAGAGCAGCGGAUCCCCACCCUUCCCUUCCCAACUUUCCUCAAUCUAGAAGUCCAAGUUUCUCAUCCACCCCUUCCCCUUCGCUGUGCUCCUCUGCUCUCUCUGACCCUCCUGUGGAGCCAUCAUGCUGUGGCCUGGAGCUCAGCAGCAGCCUUCUGGGAAUGGACUGAGACUUUUGAGAGAGCUUCCUGUUCACUUUGCCAUAGACUACAGGGGCUGGACUCCAACCUCCCAUCCUUGUUUCCCCCUCUGUGCUUCCCCGCUCAUCUCUCCUCACCCUCAGUCAAAACGACUCUUCACUGGACUGUAGGACUGCAUCGCUCCGAGUGUACUGCCAUAAUGAACUUCCCAUGUGGGCACAUGUGCACAGUUUCUAACACGCAGGUGUUGCAUAAACAUUCUCGAUCAAAUCGGAUACCAAACAAACACACAGGGCUGUUUUCAGCAGGGAAUAGUGCCUUGUGCGCCUCGACUUUUUAGCCAUGCACGCACACACCCACACAUGCCAUCACAGCAUACGUCCCUAUACAUCCUCGGCUCCAGAGACGCAAUAGGCGUCUAGACGUCGGUGACUCAGAUCUCAAAUACUCACUCAAACCUUUUGUAAACGGUUCCCCUUCAAGGUGAUCUCAACAUGGACCCAAAUACCUUACCUCAGUUACUCCCCUUUAUGGUAAAAAUGAUAAACUGUGUGUGUGAUUAGCUCUGUGCGUAUAUAUUUAUGUACAUCAGAACAUAGCAGUUUGCCUAUUCCUAAUCUGAUAAUAGCUGGAUUGUUAGCAUGUGACUUUUUCUAUUAGGGUGUUAUGUUCUUGAUACAGCUAUGUGCAGCUAUAUUCUUUUAAUUAAUCCUCCCAGUUUAGUCCACAGAACCAAAACACGUUGGAUUGACGGUGUAUUACCUUAAAAUUAGAUUUUUUUUUUUUUGUUUUGUUUUGUUUUGUUUUUUUUUCACCUGAAGGGAAUUCAACCUUUCCUCCUCAUGUUCCUCUAAAACAGUUGUGCUGUUUAUCGGUAUGUACGUGGAUGCCUUUUCCAUUUUAUAUGAAACUAUUCUAGUGUUUCUGUGUGGGCCCUGGACUUACUGUAACUGUUAUUUUCACACUUCUCAGGAUGGUUGCACAUCCUUGCUGCUCAUUGGAAGUGCGAUGAACCCCAUUAGUCUGCUCUUUACCAAACCUGAACUAAGCCAUAAUGACCACAAAUCAGAAUCUCCAAAGACCACCGCGUACUCGUUCCGGUGGCAGGAAGUAAAUAGCCUGACUGUUAUUUUGUGAUUCAGAGGUCAGGGUGACACAAUCUCCAGUAUAUCACUGCUUGUAACUUGCACUCACACACAAUGUCUGAUGAUUUUUGCCUUAAGAUCACAUUGGUGCCUCCAAUAUCCCCCAAAAACUUGCAGAUUUGCCUUUGUGAAACGUCAGAAAAAAAUAUUUUUAAUUUGUUAAUUUCAUCAAAUAAGAAACAACUUAUGAGGAACAAAAGAUUUACUCCUAAAGCCUUUAAUAUUAAUGGUUAGUGUAACCAUUUUUCUCUUUUUAGUGACAUAAAAGGAUUCAAUACUUGUCUGUCAUCUGGUGGAGAGACGCAGCAAACACAUCUUGUUACAACUUCUGACAGAGGAAAAAGUAUAAAUGUCUGUUUCUGGUUUGAGUUCUUUCAAAAUCCCUCCGAGAUAUUUUACCAAGAUAUCAGUAUAUUUUUUACACCUAAACAUGCAGUUUGCUUCUUUUGUUCCUGUAUCUUUCUCUCCCUUCAUUUGUAUGAUAUGAUCAUGUAUUUGCAAGAUGUGAUGUUUCAAAAACAAGAUAUCUGUCCAUUAACAUACGGGCGUGUCUUUAUGCACUAAAAUAAUACAAGUUUAUUUUUGCUUUGUAUUUCUGUUCAUUUUAGGUUUUUGCAGUUCUCUUGGUCUUUUUUCAGAGAUAUCAGAUCCCUUUUUUAAAAAAAAAGAUAUAUUUUCUCCUAUCUGUACUGUAUAUGUUAAUGGGAGUUUGCUCAGCAACUUUAAAAAGUUUCACCUUUGACUGAACCUCUUGUCCUACAGUCCCAAUGGCGACCCAGGCAUUUUGUUGUAUUUUGGAGCUGGCGCUAUAUUUGGCUGGCAGUCCCUUUAUAGACGAUUGUUCAUAUGAAAUGAAAAGUCAAACUAUAUCUAGCGUUCAUGUUUUCAUGUAAUUCAUGUCAUCGGCACCUUUUCUGUCAUUUCUUGGCUUCUUUUGUCGUGUGCUGUUUCAGCACUAUACAACCUUUGUCAUAACGCUUCUGAUUGUACUGAUGAAUAUAGAAACUAAUUUCUUUAACACACAGAUUUCUUUUUUGUUUGUUUUAGUUCCUCUACAGAAAAAUGUCAUUAGUUCUUUUUUCAAAAAGUGAUUUUACCCCCUUUGUUGUAUCUCUAAAGAUAAAUUUGAGAGUCCUCCUAACUUAUUUUUGUAAUUGGUCAACUAACAAUUGUUAUUACAGUCAUUGUUGUCAAUUUUUGUGAAAAGAGCAAUUUAAUGAAAAUGCAACAUUGUGAAAGUUGCGCAUAGCAUAUUAAUGGUUUUUCACACUCCCAUUUUUGGACUGAUGAUUUCGAAAAUUGUCCUUGUACUGUACAUAUCUGUACUAUAUGAAUAUAUUUACUUUUCCAUGCAUGUCAAAGUGGAAUACUAUGAACACUUACAGUGCUGCAGUUUUAAUUAAAGAAACUACAUCUUAAUGAACAUU